CAGAGAGCAGUUAUGCUCACUCUGGCAAGCAAACUCAAACGGGAUGAUGGUGUCAAGGGGCCCCGUGCAUCGAACUCCGCUUCUGAUUCAACUCGGAGAGUGUCAGUUAGAGAUAAAUUGCUCAUUAAAGAAGUUGCAGAACUUGAAGUAAAUUUACCUUGUACGUGUAAAGUGAUCUUUUCUGACCCGAAUAAACUCCAUCACUUUCAUCUAACUGUAAGCCCAGAUGAAGGUUAUUAUCAAAGUGGAAAAUUUCAAUUUGAAAUUGAGGUUCCAGAUGCCUAUAACAUGGUGCCUCCCAGAGUAAAAUGCUUGACUAGAAUCUGGCACCCAAACAUCACUGAGACGGGGGAGAUCUGCUUAAGUUUAUUAAGAGAACACUCGAUUGAUGGUACCGGAUGGGCUCCAACUAGAACUUUACAGGAUGUUGUUUGGGGACUAAACUCCUUAUUUACUGAUCUCUUGAAUUUUGAUGAUCCUUUGAAUAUUGAAGCUGCAGAACAUCAUUUGCGCGACAAGGAGGACUUCCGAAAUAAAGUUGAAGAUUACAUUAAUCACUAUGCAAGAUGAUGAAGGGAGACGGCAGCA